GUCAAAAACGUCACCAUAUUGGUGUAUUUACAAAUGAAAUUAAGUUGUUUUUUAUUUACAAUACUAAGAGCCAUUCCAUUACAUUAUUAGUAAACCUCCAGCUUAUACUGGUUUGUAGUUUUAUUGUAAAAAGUUUCAGGCAGUUAAUUUAAAAUAUUGAUAACAAAACCAACUUAUUUUGAGUUUUCAUCUUCCUACGUAAUCAUAAUGGCAAUUUUACAAUUAAUGAGAUUGAUAUUCUAAUAAAACACGUCGUCAUAAUCAAUUAGCCAGUCACGAUAAUAAACCCUUUUGAAAAAGACAUUCGAAGACAAAUUCAUAUCAUAUUCCCGACCGAACAGUUAUGUUUUAUUCCAGUGUGUAGUCUAAUCCAAGUUGAUUUGAUAUUUCUUUUGGACACAUCAACUAGCAUGGGAGGCAAGGAUUUUCAAAACAUGAAAACAUUUGUCAAGUAUAUUGUUUCUGAAAUUGAUAUUACCAACGGGACAUCUCGCGUUGGUGUAUUCACGUUCAAUAAUCAGGCGAAGUUGGAGUUUGAUUUAAACACAUAUAAAACAAAUGCAGAUGUUAUAAAAGCUAUUGACGCUAUUCCACAAGAGUUUGGUAACACCAAUACGGCUGCGGCGCUUCGUGCAAUAACGCAGCAAGGGUUUACCAAAAGUGGUGGUGAUAGGGACAAUAUUCCUAAUGUUGCGGUUCUCAUUACGGAUGGACAGGCCAAUGUGGAUCCGGAUCAGAUGGUGCCUGAGUCUAAGACUGUUAAAAAGAAUGGAAUAUACUUAUAUGCAUUUGCUAUAAAACUCAGGGCAUAUUCUGAGUUCAAGAAAAUUACAUCCUUACCAUCAAACAGAACAGCUGUAUUUCUACCCAACUUUGAGUCUUUGGUUUCGUAUAGCCCAUCUUUCAUGCAGACACUUUGUGAAGAUUGUCCCCCUUCUUUUAUCGACAUUGUCUUUAUACUCGAUUCAUCAACAAGUGUUGGCGGAAUUAAUUUUAAGAAAAUGCUCAAUUUCGUUCAACAAAUGGUAUCUGAUGCAAAUGUUCAUUCAUCUGGCGUAAGAGUUGGCCUGAUGACAUUCAGUACAAGGUCUAAAAUUAUAUUCCACCUCAAUGAAAUUAAAGACAAAGUAACAUUUAACAACGAAAUUGAAAAGGUAGCCUACUCCUACGGAAACACCAAUACGGCCGACGCAAUUCGAACCAUGCGCACGCAGAUGUUCCGGAAGGAAAACGGAGAUCGUGAUGGCAUAAAAAACGUAGCUGUUAUUGUAACCGAUGGAGUAUCAAAUAUGAAUCCCCAACUUGUCUCAACUGAGGCCGAGCUAGCCCAUGAUGCAGGAAUUCAUAUAAUUGCUAUUGGAAUCAACUUGAAUAGCUUGAACGAGUUAGACAGUAUUGCUAGUAAACCAUUGGAAUACAAUAGGUUUGUUGUUGAUAACUUUAGCCGACUUGCUGAAGUAAAAACGGAUUUAUUUCCUACGACAUGUCUAGGUAUUUAAGCACAGUGCACCAACAAUAAACAAACGCCUUACAUGUUACAUGUCCUAGUAAACACAGUUUUUUUCUCAUAUUUUAUCAAACCACAUAUAAUUCAUACGCUAUGUAGAAAUAAUUAAAUGCGUUGCUUUUACUGUACUGUGUUAAAGUAAAAUGAGAAACACAAUUUGCAAAAGCUGAUUUUAUGUGUGACGGUAUAUCUACAUGCAAAGUCUAAUUGUGUUUCAUUGAAAAUAGUUCAUUGUUGCCAAUUAUAGUUCGUUGAUACAAAAAAACGUUGUAACGUUGUGUGAUUGCUUUUAACGUUUUGUGUGUUAUAAGAUGUUUACAAUGAUAUAAACAAGUACAUAUUAUUUGCAAUUCCUGUUUUCAUCGUCUAACAUUUUACACUUGUUUCUAUGUGGUCGUAUUACUUGAUGUAUUGUUUAUUUUGGAAACAAAAUUAUUUGUUCUUUUAGCAAAUCAUAUUACUGCCUUUGCUUUUCGUUUGUUUUGUAACAAAACAUCACGUUUUUUAUUUCAGUACUGUUGCCAAACGUCAACAGAUGUGAUAUCUGGAACUAUUUUAUUUAAUGGUUGAUGUUGUUGUUUCUUAAUUAACGAAUGAAUUAUGCAGGAAUUGUCCCUUGUGUUUUUAAAUUUAAAUUGGCAGGCCUAAGUAUUGAUUUUUAUUUUCCUAUAUUUAAAUUAACUGGCCUUAGUAUUGGUCCUUAUGUCUCUACCUUUAGAUAAUCUGGCAUAAGUAUUUUGUACAUUUAAAGUAUGGGGCAUAGGUUAAAAAUCUUCGUGCAUUUUUCUUAGAUACAUGUAUAUACCAUUCUGAUUAUUGUUAAACCAGGAACGUCAAAACAACACCGGCGUUGUAUGAAUACAUAAAAAGCAAAUGUUUAAAACCUUAUAUUUCCAACUGAAUGACAAUUUGCUUUUACGCUUUGAGUCUUACAAACAUAUUAGUGUUUUCGUUAAUAAACCAUGAUCAACUUUCUAACAAGAGUGUACUUUCAUUUCGAAAUUCAUCUAGGUAAACGUUUAUACAAUCACUUUGAAAAUGUUUGCUUGCAUUGUUGUCAUUUGUAGAUGAUUUGUUUAAUACACACAAUUACAAAAUCGCUGAAGAUAAAGUAUAAAGUAGUAGUAAAACACGUCUUCUAGAUGAUAAUUAUCUUAUAGCACAUUAUAUAUUCAUAAAAAAUAUCACCAUUACGUAUACGUUUUCUUUCUUUAAAAUUUACACGUUCUGCUCAAUAGAUUUUAAUAUCAAACGAUAUAUUAAAUAAAUUAACAUUGAUGUUAACAUAAAUAUGUUAUGUAUUUUCUUAAAUUUCUAAACAAAAUACAUGAAAAAUAAUCACAUGAAGUAAAACUAUGAAUUUCAUCUAAACUUUAUAUUUAACAUUUAAGAGUAAUCUUUAAAACGAACAAGAAAAGCGGCAUGACUCCACAUGAGUAGACAAUUUAAAAGAAAUGGCAUUCGAAAUAUAAAUACAUGUAAUUAAGUGCAAAAUAAAAUGGAAGAAUUUUUUAUUUUUUCCAUAUUUUAAAUGACUCACUUAAGAAUAAGAGCUGGCUUGUCCUAUUCUAUUUGUUGUAUUUUGAUUCUGUUUAUAAAUACUUCAGGCUAUUGCUGUUUUUAUACCCUUGACAUCAUUUAUCAACAAGAAUGAAUACAUUUCUAAAUUUCCAUUAAAUAGAUGUGGAGGUAUGCUGCUUUAUAUAAAAUAAUAAUGAUUAUGAUUAAAAAAAUAAUAUUACCUAAUAGGUGGAAAGCGUUUUGCAGACAGAAAUGGAGGUAAGAGCAAGAUAAUCACUAAUUUCCAUCAUUACAUUACACUUAUGAUUACUUUUACAACGAUGAGUUUAAAAUUAACUUUUCAUUACA